ACUCCAGACAGUACCAUGUCUCAAGCUGACAGCUUACAGAGAAUAACUAACUUCUCCAGGGAUAUAUUCUGAAAUUUUUUACCUUUCACUUUGGACCUGCCUAACACAUAGCGUUUAUUUGUACAAUGAUCACAGCCUCACCAUUUACAUUCUCUUUAAUCUUGGAUGUUCUGUUUACCUUAGUGACCUUUGAAGAUGUGGCUGUGUACUUCUCCUGGGAGGAAUGGGAUCUGCUUGAUGAGACUGAGAAAUGCCUGUACCACGAUGUGAUGCUGGAGAACUUGGAACUUAUAACCUCCCUGGGUUGUUGGUGUGAAGCAGAAAAUGAGAAGGCACCUUCUAAGAAAAGAAUUUCUAUACAGGGAUUGUCACAGGUUGUAGCACCCAUAGCAAAUGUGUCUCCACAGAAGACUCAUCCCUGUGAGGUGUGUGGCCCAGACUUAAGAAAUAUUUUGCAUUUGAAUGAGCACCAGUGGAUACUUUGUGGGCAGAAAUGCUACAAGAUUCAGGCAUGUGAGAAACAAUUGUGUUUCUGUGCCAGACUUCACCAGAAGCAGCACAAUGAAGAGAAAUGUUGCAGAAGUAAUGUGGUUGAAGUUUCAUUUCAAAAGGACUACCAGUCCAGUUUGUCAGAGGACCCUGUUUCCUAUAAGGAGCUUGGGAGGGACUUCCUUGAUAGUUCAGCUUUUCAGCAGCAGAUUACACAGGCCAGGGAUAAGUCAGACAGGAACAAUGAAGGUCGAGCAGCCACACACAAGGAAAGUACCCUUAACUCUGGAGAAUGCAGAAAAGAUUUCAGUUACAAAUACACACAUGUACGUUUCCAGAGAGUCCUCCCUAGAGAAAGAUGUUAUGUGUGCAGUGAAUGUGGGAGAUCUUUUAACAAGAGCUACAGCCUCAAUGACCAUUGGAGAGUUCACACUGGAGAAAAGCCAUAUGCAUGUGGGGAGUGUGGGAAAUCCUUUAGGCAGAGCUCUAGCCUCAUUCAGCACCGGAGAGUUCACACUGGAGCAAGGCCACAUGAGUGUGAUCAGUGUGGGAAAUUAUUUAGCAAUAAGUCCAACCUCAUUAAGCAUCGGCGAAUUCACACUGGUGAAAGGCCAUAUGAGUGCAGUGAGUGUGGGAAAUCCUUUAGUGAAAGCUCUGCACUCCUUCAGCACCACAGUGUUCAUACUGGAGAAAGGCCAUAUGAGUGCAGUGAAUGUGGGAAGUUCUUUACUUACCACUCUAGUCUCAUAAAGCACCAGAGAGUUCACUCUGGAUCAAGACCCUAUGAGUGCAAUGAAUGUGGAAAAUGCUUUACUCAAAACUCUAGCCUCAUUGAACACCAUCGAGUUCAUAGUGGGGAAAGACCUUAUAAAUGUAAUGAAUGUGGGAAAUCUUUCAGCCAAAGCUCUGCACUCCUUCAGCAUCGGAGAGUCCACACUGGAGAAAGGCCCUACAAGUGCAGUGAAUGUGGAAAAUUUUUUACUUACAGCUCCAGUCUCUUAAAACACCAGAGAGUUCAUGCUGGAUCAAGGCCCUAUGAGUGCAGUGAAUGUAGGAAGUCCUUUACUCAAAACUCUAGCCUUAUUAAGCACAGGAGAAUUCACACUGGAGAAAGACCUUAUGAGUGCAAUGAAUGUGGGGAAUCUUUUGGCAAUAGCUCUAGCCUCAUUAAGCACCAGAGAAUUCACAUUGGAGAAAGGUCUUAGUAGUGCAGGGAGCUUGCAAAAUUGUUUAGCCAUAGCUCCAAAUCAGUGACUGCCAUAAUGUUCACCCUGAAUAAAGACUUUCUGAG